AUGUUUCGCUCGACGCAGCAUUCGAAAGUCAAAGCAUCCACCUUCUGCCACACCUCACACUCCUCUAGUCUUUACACUCUCCUCUUACUUUCCCUCAAACAGCUACUUCCACCUUUCAUUUUCGGCUUCACCAUUUCUCUCACACUUUCACUUCCCGUCACUCUUUUCAUUCUAUGUUUCUAUUUGACUAGAAACUAUUUUUUCGCGUUCUUUUUAAAAUUCCCAUUCUUUCUUUCUUUCUUUCUUUCUUUCUUUCUUUCUUUUUUUCUUUCUUUCUUUCUUUCUACCUACCUAUCUAUCGAGCCAUCUACCUACCCUUUCUUUCUUUCUUUCUUUCUUUUAAUUAUUCUCUUUGUUAAAUCGUUGUACUUAUUCGAGAUUUUUUUUGCUACCCUUUCUUUCUUCUUUCAAUUUAUCUUUGUAAAAUCUUUCUUCUUUUUGCAACAUUUCUAUUUGGGCACCAUGUUUUCUUCCCUCCUUCCUUCCUUCUUUCCUUUCUUUCUUUCUUUCUUUCUUCCUUUCAUAAUCUAUCUUCUUUUUCAACCUCAAUUUUGUAUUUACCGUUGUAAAAACUUUGUUCUUUUUGCAACCUUUCUAUUUGUGUACCAUCUUUCUUUAUUUCUUUCUUUCUUUCUUAAUCUAUCUUUUUCACACGCAUACAUUCAUUAUCUCUCUCUCUCUCCUUUUUUCAUUUUCUACAUCCCUUUCUGUCUAUUUCUUGGAUUCUUUUCUUUUUCCUUCUCUUCCCCGCUCUCCGUCUCUUUCUUUUUCUUCUAUUUCCUUUUGACUCUCACGAUAUUUCGUUUUCUCUUCUUAUCACAUUUUCCCACUCUUUCUCUAUAUCUCCGUCCUUUUCUCCGUAAAUCAUUUCCCCCAUCUCUCUUUCAUUUCUUAUUUCUUUUUGCUUGUUUGUUUGUUCUUUUCUUUCUUUCUCUUUUCUUUCUUUUCCAGUUUUUUCUGUCAUUUUUAUUCUUUCUUUCUUUGUUUUUUGUAUUCCAGCUUUUCUCUUUCUUUUUCAUUCUAUUCAAUAUUUCUUUCUUUCUUUCGUUGUGCCAAUCUUUCUUUUUUCUCUAG